UUUUUUAAAAGUGCGGCCGAUGCUGCACUGAAAUAAGCAGGUUUUCAGACGAUAGUCCAUAUCAAAGCCAACAGAAGUCUUAUUAGACACAUUCUCUCUCCGUCUCUCUCUCUCACUUCUGUACUGUUUAUCAUUUCUGUACUCAUGCAUUGCAGCGUAGAGUAACAACUUUUACUGUUUGGCCCUGGCAAUGGUUUAAUCCCUCGCGAGAGCUUAGUGGAUCUAGAGUGAGUCGAAGACUGGAAGAUCUAUGGAAUUGGCGAAAAGUAUUCGUUUUUAUCAUGCUUAAGUGGAUGCUGGGACUGGGAGUUUUGGACUUGGAACCGGUUUGCGUGGUGUAAAUUCGGAUGUUUUGAGUGGGGUUUUGCUUGAUUUUGUUGAUUCUGAGUAAAUGUGGUUAGGGAUUACUUUAUUGAAGCUGGAUUAGGUUCUCUUUUAUUUGGCUUUCUUGCAGAACUGGGUGGAGAAAUAGUGCUUUUAGAGAAAAAUGGAGGGUUCGCCAGUGGAAAGUGCUACGAAAUCUUCGAAACUUGUAAAAGCGGGUGUUACAACGGUAGCCAAAGCUUCAGGGCCAACUACUUUGAGCAGGAAAAGAGUUGAUGGAACGAGAGUUUCUGAUUCGAGUUCAAAUGCGGUCAAAUCGACUCUGACUAGGCCUACUAUUAGUAGUUCAAAUGCAACUUCAUUGAAGAGGAGAAAUAGCACUGGAGGCUUGACAGAGAAACAGUCGGUAUCGGUAGCCAAACGGCAGGAGAAUGUUAAUUACGUUGCAGGAAGAAGAGCGACAUCUUCUGCUUCGGAACCAUUAAGGCGAUCAGCCACCGAAAUUAGACGAGCUUCGUUGCCUUCAGCUACAACAAAAGCGUCGAAUGCAGCCACUACAAAAGUACUGAAUACCACGAACAUUUCUGAGACGAAAAAGGCAUCUCCAGUCACACCUACUUCUAGGACUUCAAGAGCAUCACCAAAAUCCGAUGCCAGCAAGCAAGAUUCUGUUAAAAAGCCCACACUUCGACCGUCACUAUCGGUUUCUUCUGCAAAGAAGGUUCCUUCUUCAUCCUUGGACAGUAGUGGCAGCAGCACCCUUAGGAAGACUGUUUCUAAGGUUUCUUCUCCAUCAGCCCGUUCACCUUCGGUUACCAGUAUGUCAAAGCUUGGGUCUUUGUCAUCAUCGGUAGACAGGGGAUCUUCUUUAUCUGGACGUAGAAGAGCAUCAACUCCCGAAAGCCGGGAUUCUUGUUUCAUUAUGCUCCCACAGGUGGAGAUUAAAGCUGGAGAUGAUGUGAGGCUGGAUCGUAGAGGCUAUAGAGUUCGAAGUCUCACAGGUAGCGGGUUGAACUUGUCACACAAUUUAGAGUUUGUUUAUCUCAGGGACAAUCUCUUAUCAUCUCUGGAAGGAAUUGAGAUUUUGAAGCGGGUGAAGGUUCUUGAUUUGAGUUUCAAUGAUUUCAAAGGACCUGGGUUUGAGCCACUUGAGAAUUGCAAAGUCUUACAGCAACUAUAUCUUGCUGGGAAUCAAAUCACAUCACUUGGAAGCCUUCCUGAACUUCCAAAUUUGGAGUUUCUCUCAGUUGCUCAAAAUAGGUUAAAGACUCUUUCAAUGGCGAGUCAGCCUCGUCUUCAGGUAUUAGCUGCCAGCAAAAACAAGAUAUCAACUCUAAAGGGUUUCCCACAUUUACCAGUUCUUGAGCAUUUACGAGUAGAGGAGAAUCCCAUACUUGAAAUGCCUCAUUUAGAAGCUGCUUCGAUAUUGCUUGUUGGCCCUACACUCAAAAAGUUCAAUGACAGAGAUCUUUCACGUGAAGAGAUAGAAAUUGCCAAGCAUUAUCCUGCUCACACGGCUUUAUGCAUCAGAGAUGGUUGGGAGUUCUGUCGCCCAGAUCUUGCAGCUGAGUCAACUUUUCGUUUUCUCGUUGAACAAUGGAAAGAUCAUUUGCCUCCGGGAUACCUUCUCAAGGAAGCCUCUGUUGAUCAUCCAUUUGAAGAUGAUGCUUGUCGCUGCCACUUCGCCUUUGUCAAAGACCGCACUCUGAGUACAGAUUCUGAAUUGGUACUCAAAUACCAAUGGUUUGUAGGAGACAAAACACCUACAAAUUUUGUGGCUAUCACAGAUGCAGUGGGAGAGGUAUACUGGCCGAAACAUGAGGACGUUGACAGAUUUCUGAAGGUUGAGUGCACUCCUAUUUUAAGGGAGACCGAGUACCCUCCUAUUUAUGCAGUGUCUUCACCAGUUUCACCUGGAACUGGGUUUCCAAAGGUUUUGAACUUGAGUGUACAUGGUGAACUUGUCGAAGGGAAUGUGAUCAAGGGAUCUGCUGAGGUUGCAUGGUGUGGUGGGACUCCAGGAAAGGGUGUUGCUAGCUGGUUAAGACGAAAGUGGAAUAGUAGUCCUGUUGUAAUUGUGGGAGCUGAAGAUGAAGAGUAUCGGUUAACUAUAGAUGACAUUGAUUCAAGCUUGGUUUUCAUGUACACACCAGUGACAGAAGAAGGUGCCAAAGGAGAGCCUCAGUAUGCAAUGAUAGAUUUUGUUAAAGCAGCUCCUCCAUCAGUUAGUGAUGUUAAGAUUAUUGGAGAUGCUGUUGAAGGAAGUACAAUCAAAGGUAUUGGGAAAUACUUUGGAGGAAGGGAAGGUCCUAGCAAGUUUGAGUGGUUACGUGAAAAUAAAGAUUCUGGUGAUUUCAUUUUGGUAUCCACCGGUACUGCUGAGUAUGCUCUGACCAAAGAAGAUGUAGGCCGGCGCUUGGCUUUUGUGUAUAUUCCUAUCAAUUUUGAGGGGCAGGAAGGAGAAUCUGCAUCAACAGUGACUCAGAUUGUAAAGAAAGCACCCCCAAAAGUCACUAAUCUGAAGAUAAUUGGGGAUAUAAGAGAGGGGAAUAAGGUAUCUGUAACUGCUACUGUCAUUGGAGGAACUGAAGGAUCUAGUAGGGUUCAAUGGUUUAAAACAACAUCUUCAGAGUUGGAGGGUGAGAAUGGUCUUGAAGCUGUGAGUACAUCCAAAAUUGCCAAGGCUUUUCGGAUACCUUUAGGAGCUGUUGGCUACUAUAUUGUUGCAAAAUUUACUCCAAUGGCUCCAGAUGGUGAAUCUGGUGAUCCAGCUUAUGUUAUAUCUGAAAGGGCUGUUGAGACUCUUCCCCCAAGUCUGAAUUUCCUAUCUGUUACUGGGGAUUACUCAGAGGGUGAAAUACUAACUGCAUCAUAUGGGUAUAUAGGGGGUCAUGAAGGCAAAAGCAUCUAUAAUUGGUAUCUCCAUGAGGUUGAGUCAGAUGCAGGUGCUUUAAUACCUGAGGCAUCUGGGCUUCUACAGUAUCGUAUUACAAAAGAUGCUAUUGGGAAAUUUAUUUCUUUCAGAUGUACACCAGUGCGUGAUGAUGGGAUUGUGGGCGAGCCAAGAACUUCCUUGGGGCAGGAGCGGGUUCGUCCUGGAAGCCCAAGAUUGCUUUCUCUGCAAAUACAAGGGCGGGCUGUAGAAGGAACUACACUACAUAUUGAUAAAAAGUACUGGGGCGGAGAAGAAGGAGAAUCGGUUUUCCGUUGGUUCCUGACUGCUUCAGAUGGAACACAGACUGAAAUCAAAGGUGCAACAUCUGCUUCAUAUAUGAUUUCAAGUAAUGAUAUUGGCCAAUUUAUCUCUGUUUCAUGUGAACCUGUUAGAAAUGAUUGGGCUCGUGGUCCCACUGUUGUUUCUGAACAAGUUGGACCAAUUAUACCUGGGCCACCAACUUGUCGGUCUCUGGAAUUUCUUGGCUCAAUGAUUGAGGGACAACGUUUGAGCUUUAUUGCUACUUAUUGUGGAGGUGAGAGGGGAAAUUGCUUGCACGAAUGGUUUAGGAUGAGAAGUAAUGGUGCAAAGGACAAAUUAAGUGUUAAUGCAGAUUUUUUGGAUUUGACCCUUGAUGAUGUGGGUAGACGCAUUGAGCUUGUUUACACACCUGUUCGGAUUGAUGGAAUGAAGGGGAGUCCUAGGAGUGUACUGUCUGAAGUUGUUGCUCCUGCGGAUCCUAUGGGCUUGGAACUUAUCAUUCCUGAAUGCUUUGAGGACAAGGAAGUGGUUCCUCAGAAGACAUACUAUGGCGGACAGGAAGGUAAUGGUGAAUACAUCUGGUACAGAAUAAAGAAAAAGCUUCAGGAAUCCGAUUUGAUUAAUAUAUCUAAUGUUCAUGAAGAUGCCUUUAUAUGUGGAAAAACAAUUGUAUACACUCCAUCUCUGGAAGACGUGGGAACAUACCUGGCAUUGUAUUGGGUGCCAACUCGUGCAGACGGAAAAUGUGGUGAUCCUUUGGUUAGGAUUAGUGAAUACCCAGUCACCCCAGCUCCACCAGUAGUUUCUAAUGUACGUGUGAAGGAACUUUCUUCUAGUGUAUAUUGUGGAGAAGGUGAGUACUAUGGUGGAUAUGAGGGCUCAAGCCUGUUUAGCUGGUACAGAGAAACUAGUGAGGGAACAAUCRUCCUUAUCAAUGGAGCUGAUUCUACAACUUAUGAAGUUAUGGAUUCCGAUUACAAUUGCCGUUUGUUGUUUGGCUAUACACCUGUUCGUUCAGAUAAUGUUAUUGGGGAGCUCAGAUUAUCAGAGCCUACAGAUAUCAUUCUUCCAGAACUUCCAAAAGUUCAGUUGCUUGCACUUACGCGAAAGGCAGUGGAAGGAGAAGUUCUCACAGCUGUUGAGGUUAUCCCAGAUAGUGAGAGUCAACAACACGUUUGGGCCAAGUACAAAAAGGACAUUAAAUACCAAUGGUUCUGUUCAUCCGAAGCGGGGGAUAAUAAGUGUUUUGAGACAUUGCCUUCACAGCGAACAUGCUCAUAUAAAGUGCGGUUGGAGGAUAUAGGUCGAUGCUUGAGAUGUGAAUGCAUUGUGACAGAUGUAUUUGGGAGGUCGAGUGAGCCUACAGUUGCAGAAACUUCUCCCGUCUUGCCAGGGAUUCCCAAAAUUGAUAAACUAGAGAUUGAGGGGAGGGGUUUUCACACCAACUUAUACGCUGUCCGGGGCAUUUAUAGUGGAGGAAAGGAGGGGAAAAGCAGAAUCCAGUGGCUUAGAUCAAUGGUUGGAAGCCCCGAUCUUAUAUCUAUACCUGGUGAGACAGGGAGGAUGUAUGAAGCUAAUGUUGAUGAUGUGGGGUACAGGCUUGUGGCAAUUUAUACUCCUGUGAGAGAGGAUGGAGUUGAAGGGCAAUAUGUUUCUGCAUCUACGGAGCCAAUAGCUGUUGAGCCUGAUGUCCUCAAAGAAGUAAAGCAAAAGCUGGAUCUUGGAGCUGUCAAGUUUGAGGCUUUGUGUGACAAGGACCGUUCUCCAAAAAAGGUUCCUGGAGCUGGAAGUCUGGAAAGAAGAAUUCUAGAAGUUAACAGAAAGAGAGUAAAGGUUGUGAAGCCUGGUUCAAAGACUUCCUUCCCAACUACUGAAAUCCGUGGAAGUUAUUCUCCUCCUUUUCAUGUGGAGCUUUUCCGAAACGACCAACAUCGUCUCAGGAUUGUAGUGGACAGCGAGAAUGAAGUGGACCUGAUGGUGCAGACUCGACAUAUGCGAGAUAUUGUUGUCCUUGUGAUCCGAGGCCUUGCACAAAGAUUCAAUAGCACUUCCCUCAAUUCGCUUCUCAAAAUAGAGACAUGAAUAUAAAUUGUAAAGAAAGUAGUCACUGGAUCAACAAAGUACACAAUCUUUGGAUUUAGGUAGGGAAUUGCAUAGCUUUUUCCCCCCCGAUUCUUCCUUGGUUUUUGGCACGGCACUGUUGCUGUCAUUGUUAUUGUCGUUUUGUUGUUUUAAGUCAGGAAAUCUUGUGCAAGCAGCGGUUUUGCGGCAUCGUUUUUUUCUUUGUAAAUUAUAUUCUAUCUUGUGGUCAUGGUAUUCUUAUAGUUGUGUAUACAGACUUUGUAAGCAAGACAUGUGGGUAUAUAUUAUUAAUUGAUUUACUUUCUUUGUAA